ACACACACCGACUGAUCGCUGGACAGGCGAUGCACGGUUUACUCAGCAGACCCACGCAACCUGUGGACUGGACACGCUGACAAGCCGCGGACGGCUGAAGAGCGACCUCCAGACAUCAACACCGAGCCGUGAUUAUUCCACACGCGCUCUCCGGCGUGUUUUUAAAGCCGUAUUUUUGUUCCUCAAACAGCCAUCAUCGGACUACCUGUCAAAACGACUGAGUGACAUAUUCACGGACGUGAUCGCUGCAGAAUGUUGGAGGAGAUAGUGCCCACGGUGGAUGAUUUGACAACAGCCGCAGCGCGGGGAGACAGUAACCGUGUGGACACUCUCCUGUGGGCAGGAGUUGAUCCUAACGGGUGCAACGUUUUUGGAAGAACCGCUCUGCAGGUGAUGAUGAUGGGCAGCACGACGGUGGCUCGGUCGUUACUCAGGGCAGGAGCUGAUCCCAACUUGAAGGACAUCAGCACAGGGGCCACGCCGCUGCACGACGCGGCCAGGACGGGCUUUCUGGACACUGUGAAGGCGCUGGUGGAGCACGGGGCUGACAUCCAAGCCAGGGACAAUGCGGACCGGCGGCCUAUCGAUUUGGCCACAGAGAAUGAACACUCAUCUACAGCUGAUUAUCUGACGUCUCUGGAAAACCCUCAGUGAUGCUUGGUCUGAUAGACUCGGGGCUCAGAGAGCCGGGGCCUGAGGAGGCCUCCAAUAUGACUUAUUACACAGAGGCGAUUUUGCUGUAAAUAUUUUUUAUUUAUUUGUCUGUUUCUUUGCUAAAAUAGUUGCAUUAUUUUUAUUUUUAACGAAAUCGGCUUUAUCACGCAGGGUCGCUGUUCUGAAAGAGCACAAUAUUGUUAUAAAGAUAUAAAGCCAGGCUGGUCGGGAUAUUAUGUUUACAGACACAUACACACAAUUUGUUGCUGGUUUAUCUUCCGUUUUGUAAAUAGAUUAUUCCCAAUAAGCAUCUAAGGAGUCCCCAUCUGUGCAGUGUACAGUUUUACUUUAAUAUGUCUGAAGUAAAUUGUAUUUUUAAAAUAUUAUUAUUGUCGCUCCUCGUCGUAAAAGUGGUGGGAUUACUGUAUUUUAAAUAUCUUUUAAUUUUAAGUAUUUAACCAAAUAGCAGAAAAGCCAUUUCAAAAUGUUUUUGCACAUUGAAUAUUAGUGUCUCACCGUCGAUGCACUAUUCUGUAUGCGUGAUCUUUAUCCUCCCCUUCCUGUUUGUGCAAAUGAUAUUCACAACUCGCAUAUUAUGCACUUUAAUAAUAUGUAAAAUGUAAAUAAACUUUUAAAGUAUGAAGCAGAUUGGAAGUAUUAUGAUUAUGCUUUACAUAUUGUCUUAAGGUGGAUUUGUGAAAGGUACCAGAAAAUAAAAUGAUUCAAAAACCUAUAAAGCCAUUAUUAUUAUUAUUAUUAUUAUUAUUAUUAUUAUUAUUAGUAUUUGACGUUGCAUUUGAGUUCAGCUGGGAGUUUUCCUUUGUCUCCAUAACUGCUCACAGGCCAAACGAGCAAUAUGUCACUGCAGGGCGAACAUUUUUGCACGUUAGCCGACUUCCCCUUUGCCUCUGCUAAACUGGUUUUUAAAAAUAUUGACACAGUCACAUCACACACAUUGCGCAUGUAAAUACUGAUCAUGUUAUAAUCUCCGGCCUCAGGUGACUGCACAGUUAAACACGCCAUCCAGAACAAUAAUGUUGCAAUCACUUAUUUAUUUAAGUGAAAAGUUUGAGGCGAUGUUUUCAGCUCACAUGGACAUAUUUUAAAUAUAGGAUAUAUGUGACAGAAUCUGGUUGACUUGCACCAGUUAAGUAGAUUUUUGUGCACAUUAAUGAUGCGUAAAAGUAAUUUCCUGUAUAAAGGACGCCAGGUUAUAGUUGAAUUAAUACUGUGUAAAAAGACCAUAUAUACAUAUAUAUGUAUUCUGGAUACACAAACAUGACGCAUAAGCUCUGCAUCGUUUUGGAGAGUUAAUCAGCCUAGUUCUGUUCAAGCCCGGCGGUUAUAAUGGCUUUAUGCAACCAAAGUGAGGUUUGGCAACACAGAAAAAUCCCCUAAACCACGAAGGGCUUAACACACUGUUGUUGUUGUUGUUGUUGAAACAUGUACCUAUGGGUCCAGUAUGUAGGAAUUAAAAUGGUAAACUGACUUUGUUUCAACAGUAAAUUCAGUCCAUCACAUGUCAAACAGGAAGCUGAUUUCAGAUUUAAAUGAUCAAAUGAGAUUAUUUGAGAAAAAAAUGCUUUAAAACCAGAAAUUCAAAUCUGAACUCUAAAUUCCUUAAGAUAUAAAUGCACUAUGGCAGCCUCAGGAUACUGUCUGUGCUAAUCCUGAGGUGAGAUCUUUUUUACACUAGCCUCAAGAGUAUUCCUCCCUGCAUUUCAGGGCAUAGUGCAAGCAUGUGACUAAAAAAUAAACCCCUGCUUCUUCACUGCAGAUUCUAAGACUUAUUUUAAUCAGGUCAAGUUGCUUUGAUAUUUGAAUUAUUUUCGUACAACUUUGUCUUCAAAUCUCUUUUUAUUGAGGUCAUUUAUGCAGCAGGAGCCAUUCAUAUUGUUCAGACGAGGCAACAAAGAGGAAAUACGAGGUACCAGAUAUUUUUAGAUAUGUGUACUGUGGUGCACAUAUCAGGUGCAGCAAAUGCAAAGAAGGGAAAAGACAAACAUGCUUUUGAUUGCUGAUGAUUUUUACAGUAUAUCAAAGAUUUUAAGUGUGCAAAAAACCUGUCAGUGUCAGUAAAUAGUUCAGUCAGUUCCUCAAAAGGACUCUUUAUACUGUCAGUUAGCUGAUUUAUUGACAACUGGGAAACAGUUUGCAUGUACAGUACAGACCCUGGACUAUAUAUAUAUAUAUA